GCGAACUGGACGCGUACUGCAUCCGUGAUCUUGCUGACUGGGCCCUCAAACAUUACAACUCCUACCACUCGGGUGCCGAGUUCCGGCUUCCUGGUCUGCCCAUCACGGCCUGCGUUGGUUUCAUGUAUCCUGAUCAGCCGACCGCACAUUUCAAGGUCGCCUGCGUUGGUUUUAGGGAAGACUUCUGGUACCACGUCAACUUCUCAGCUUGCCAGACAGAGCACAGCGAUGAGCACAACUUCUUUGCUGAGCUACGCUAUGACCGGUGCUCUCGCAAUCUUAUCGUCGAGACAUGCACCAUCUUAGAAGAGCCGUUGGACUACUUCAGAAGCAGCUGUGCAUUGUGUCAAGUUGAAUCCAAGAUUUUACAUCCAAAUGAUGUGGAACUCGGAUGCGGAAAAGAUGGGCACGAAAAGGAAAUUUUCCGCGAGAGGUGUUCAUGGAAUGGGCAAAAACAGGAAUUCUUCACCCGGAGCGACAUGCUGAAGACACCCUUCUUGUUAGGAGGAGACGGGCUUCGGUAUAGGCUAGAUUGACCAUCAUUUA